UACGAUGAUUAAACAAAUGUGACGUUUUAUUGUGAAGGGCAGCCAUUCAGACCGGAAGUCUUUUACUGUGUGGUCUUCACCGUGUCGGUGCUUUACGAGCGGUAGUCUGUGCGGAAGUUCUUUCAUCCUGCAGGAGGAGAAGAAGAAGAAGAAGAAGUAAAAAAAGAAGAAGCAGAAGAAGAAGAGAGGCCUCUCCUCAGUCUCGUGUCUCCGCCUGAAACACAACAAUCCUCCGGCCCGGACCCCUCCGGACGACCCCCGGGACUCACGCACACCCGCGGCCGAGAACAGAGCGUCUCCGCCGGCCUCCGGACCCUCGGGCCAUGGCGAGGCCGAGCCACAGCGACCACGUCCUCCAGCAGCUCAACAACCAGCGCGAGUGGGGCUUCCUGUGCGACUGCCUCAUCGCCAUCGGCGACAUCUACUUCCGCGCGCACAAAGCCGUGCUGGCGGCGUGCAGCUCCUACUUCCGCAUGAUGUUCAUCCGGGAGCAGCAGGGCGCCGGCGCCGGGCGCCUGGACCUCAGCAACAUGGCGAUCAGCGCCGAGUGCUUCGACCUCAUCCUGCAGCUCAUGUACCUCGGGCGCAUCGUUGUCGGGGGUUACGAGUUCGAGGAGCUGAAGGCGUCCAUGGCGUCCCUGCAGAUGUACUACAUCCCGGACUCGCUGGACGACCUGCGAGACAUCCGCAGCGCCAACAUCACGCCGUCGUCCUCGGCUUCGUCCUCGUCGUCCGGCGGCGCCGGCGCGGUCGCCACGGGGAAGAUGAUGUUCGGCGUGCGUAUGUACGAGCAGCAGAGGACAGCGGCGGUGGCGCCCGAUGCCGAGCGUCAACCGAAGGCCGUGAGCAGCAGCGUGGGACGCCAGGCUGUCUCAGCGGCCGCCAGCAGACCCGAGGAAGCCGCCACGCCUCUGUUGUCGGCGGCUCCCGUGGCGUUGCCAUUGCCGUUGGCGCCGGACGGAGCCGUGGACGUGCCGUGCGACUUGAGGAAGCGGCCGAGCGGCAGGGGCUCGUCUCUGAAGGAGCGCCCGCGCUUCGGGCGCACGUACACGUGCGACGACUGCGGCUUCGUGUUCAGCUGCGAGAAACUGUUGAUCGAGCACAUCCUGACCUGCACCAACCGGAAGGCCUUCCACCGGCCGAGAGGCGGCGCCGAAAACGACCACGACCACGACUCCAGCAAAGCCGAGAGCUCGGCUUCGGAGAGCGUGGAGGAGCAGCAGCGGCUCGUCUGCAAGGGCGAGGACGAGUCGGAGCGAGACGGCGAGCCCGGGAGCGUCUGCGUGAAGACGGAGCCCGAAGAAGAAAACGCGUUCCCCGACAUCGAGAUGGUCCGCGUGGGCGAUCACGAUCACGCCGCCAGAGAGCGCCGCCGCGACCGUUUCGGCGAGCCGGAGCCCGGCGUGUCGGGGCUGGACGCCGGCGGCGGCAUCGGCGAGCCUUUUGACGGAAGCCACGCCCACGUGUCGAGCGCCGAUGACUCGGGGAUCCCGGCGAAGCUGCGCAGAGUCAAAGAGGAGAAGCCGGAGCAGCAGGACGCCGCCGACGGCUGCGCUCCGUGUGAACUGUGCGGCGCGCCGCUAACGGAGGAGGAGAAGUCGGCGCACUACCUGUCGGACCACAUGGGGAACAUCUGCGCGUGCGGGCGCUGCGGCCGCGUGCUGAUCAAAGGACGCCAGCUGCAGGAGCACGCCGAACGCUGCGGAGAAACGCAAGGAGGCGAGUCGGACUCUCCCGGCGAGGACGAGGCCUCUCUGCCGGAGGAUCCUUCGGGCGCUGACGGCGUGGAGGAGGCCGACCUGGCGUGCCCUCACUGCGGCGCUCUCUUCCAGAGCGAGAGCCUGGCGCUGGAGCACACCUUAUCCUGCCACGAGGAACUCUUCCGCCCGCCGCUGUUGGACGACGGCACCGCGGCCGCCGGCGGGGAACCGGACCACCGCCGCAAACACUUCUGCAGCAUCUGCGGCAAAGGCUUCUACCAGCGCUGCCACCUGCGCGAGCACUACACGGUGCACACCAAGGAGAAGCAGUUCAGCUGCCAGACCUGCGGGAAGCAGUUCCUGCGCGAGCGGCAGCUGAGGCUGCACACCGACAUGCACCGCGGCAUGGCGCGCUACGUCUGCCCCGUGUGCGACCAGGGAACCUUCCUCAAACACGACCACGUGCGCCACAUGAUCUCCCACCUGGCGGCCGGGGAAACCAUCUGCCAGGUGUGUUUCCAGAUCUUCCCCGGCGGCGAGCAGCUGGAGAAACACAUGGACGUGCACCUGUACAUCUGCGGCGUUUGCGGCGAGAAGUUCCGCCUGAGGAAGGACAUGCGGAGCCACUACAACGCCAAGCACACCAAGAGACUAUAGGAGACCCGACCGUCGCCGCCGCAUUCACUCGCCUUUGUUACUCUAAAUAAAGCCAUAAAUGUGAGAACAAAUGUUAUGCACUUGAACACCAAAAAGUAGAGCUGCAACUAACGGUUAUUACUGUCACCGUCGCCGAUGAGUCGGCCGUCUGUUUCCUCCGUUAGGCCUCCUGCACGCUGGCUGGGUGGCGUGAGCGUGGCGUGGCGUUUCUGUUGCGUGGCGGCUGCGUGGCGUUUUCUGUUUUUGCACACCAGAAGCGUGUCUGUAUUGACAAGUGAAAUAUAUGAAAAUCGAUAAUUAAUCAUUAUUAUUUUUUAAAAUCACAUAUAUAUCUGCAUUCAUGUCAAAACCUUGAGACUUUCAAACAUCAACAUGUAAUUUAUUAGUAUGUAUUUGUGUCAAUACAACCUAUAAAGAUCUUUUCCUAUUCUAUUUUGCCUGGGAACGCUUGUGAAAAAUAGGCGUCAGUCCUAUUUCUAGCAUGCACGAGUUUGUGCCUGUUACGAGCGCGUCACGCAGCCAGUGUGUAAGCUGACCUGUUACCAUGGGAGCCAUAAUAUAAACGGACACGCCCACGCAGCCAGUGUGCAGGAGUCAGGAGGAAGUUGGUUGGUUUGGAUGUAAAAUGUCAGAAAAUAGCCAAAAAUCUCGGUCAAAGUUCCUCAAAAUCAAAGCUGAUGUCUUUAAAUGUUUUCUUCUGUUGGUCCAAACCAUAAAUAUAUUCAGUUUUUAACUGAUUUGCUGCCCUGUGAAAGAUUUCAGCUGUUUUUGUUGCUUCUUUUCCCAUUUUUUUCUUUGUGUACCUUUUUGUGUUUGUUGAUGUUUUUGUCGCCUUUUCUCAACCUUUUUGUCGGCUGAUUUAUGCUCCUGCGUCAAGGUGACUGCUAGGGAUGCACCGAUCCGACUUUUUCAGUCUCGAUACUGAUGCCUGGGCUUUGUAUCUGUCGAUACCCGAUACCGAUCAAUACCGUUGUUGAAUUAAUAAUAUACCUUUCACCUUAUACCUUCUUUCCACCAUGUGGAAGAGACUGAAGAUACCAGACUUUCCUAACUAAGAUAAAAUAACAGAUGUAAUGUUUUGAAUUCUUAUUUAUUUGUACACUCAACUCUUCAGCAUGCGACACACCUGCGGCAGAGGGGAAAAAACUAACAAAACUGGAUCAGCCCGUGGAUCUGUUCAUUUUUCCGAUCCCAGAUCAAUUUAGUCAAUAUCGGGAUCGAUAUCCGAUCUUAAUAUUGGAUUGGUGCACCCCCUAUCGACGGCGUACCCCCACAGACACCUCUGCUGCCGCUCGAUGUGCACCUCCAAGAAAUUGUAACUUCUUGUCGAGGCUACGCAGACCACAAGGACUGUGAUUGGUCAGAUUAAUGCAUCAUUUCCCAUGUGUAGCUUUUCCAGCGGUCAAACAACCGUAAGAAAUUUGCGCGUCUUUGGCCUCUCUUCGUACACUGGUCCUACAGACCACCUUCGCUGCUCUCUUUCGCUCGCCAUUGUCGGAAAAUGAAAAAGCGCAACCAAAACCAACUACUAAAGAGUUUACGGCGUGGAGUUGACGCAGAAGCAUAAAUCAGCCUUUAAGCCGACUACACACCGAGCCGACGAUCGGCCGUCUGACAGUCUGGCGAGGUCGGUGACUCGAGUCUGUUCGGUGUGUCCCGUGCCGUCGUCCGUCUGAGGGGCCGUCGGCGUUCAUUUUGGCUGAUUUGACUUGUAUAAUCGGCAGGGCGGGCAGUCGGACUCAAAUGACCCAUCUGAUUGGUGGAGAGCUAACCAGGAAACGGGGAGCGGGAUGAGCGUGACUAGAGUCUCUCAAAACGUGACGAAAAU